UAACGGUAUACGUCGACGACGGAGCAACGCAGGUCCAGGAGUCCCUAACCACAUAUAUCCACACAUCCAUAUGUCCAUCUGAGGGUCUUUACCUGCAAUCUGUGAGAAAAGUGCACCAUUUGACAUUUCUAACAGCCGGUUUAAGUGCAUAGUGCUUUAUUUUCGAGUUAAGCAACCAAAAGGACUGGAACUGUUCCCUUAACUUAGGCUAUUAACGAGAAAUAUUGCACGCCUACGCGAAAAGUGCAAAGCAAAAGCAAAAAGUCCGGAGAGCAACCACCAGCAGCUGCCACUUGGAUAUAUUCGCGCGAGUGUGCGAGUGUGGGAGUUGAAAAUCAAUAAACCCUGCCGACGUCGUGGUUUUGGCCAAAGCCCCAUUAACCGGCCAUAUGGCAGUCGUGGGCGUGCAGUGCUAGAUUAUUUCCAUUCGCAUUCGCUUUUGCGAUCUCCAAACGAAGACAAAGGCCGUAGUGCAGAGUGCAGACAAAUUUCGCAAGUGCAAUUUGUGCCAAGUGCAAGAUGGCGCCUCGCCUGGAAAUCACCGUUAGCUUCGCACUCGCUGCAACGGUACUCUGCAGCAUAUUGGGUCAUUGCGAAAUGUCCGUUUACCCAGGACUGCGCCGCCGACCCAUUCAGGCGCCUGUGAUGGACAUACAGAGCGAACAAGAGUACGCUUUUCUGUCUCAAAUGAUGGAACAGUACGCCCGUCGCCGCCUCCAGCAACAAUUUGACCAACAGUUGCACGACAUCAACAUGAAGAUGGACCGACAGCGGCAGCUGCUAGAACAGGAGCGGUACCGUCAGCGGCAAGAGCAGUUCGAAGUGCAACGCGAAGCGGAGGAAGACUAUGAGGCCAACGGAAACAAUCUCAACCAACAAUACGAUCAGUACGACAACGCGGAGGCGGAGCCCAGCUACGGAAGUCCGAUGGAGGCGGUAUCCGAUGUCCAGAGCCCCCCUCUGUACCUGCCCCGCCUGCCAAAUCUACCGCCAAUGCACAGUCUGCCCAAUCGGCCUAAUUUGGGCAACUCUCCAAACCGAAACAGUGUGCUUCGCGAGCGGAUUCCCUUCGCCGUUGGUCCCAAUGAUGCCCGCUUCUUCGACAACCCAAACGACCCUUCGGGGGAGCUGGAUUCCCGGGCUCUGGAUGACUACGAGGAAUAUGCCCCUAUUGAGCCCACGCCUGAGGUAGCCACCACCGCUAGCAAGACCAAAAUUGCUACGCCAGUUCCGGCUCCCGUGCCUGUUGAGCCGCCCAAGCUACUGGACGCCGCCAACGCUAACUUCCACCGCAUCAAUCCACAGUCCGUUGCCGCCGCAGCCGUAGCGGGAGUGAAUCUACCCCAGGCUAAAGAGCAAACGCCACUCGAACUCAACGCACUGAUAAACAAACUGCAAAAGCAGAGCAAGGCGCCAACUCAUCUUAAUCUAGUUAAUGGCGCCGAUCCCAGUCAGGAACAGAUUGUACUGCGCCAGCACAUGGGUAUGAACAGCGAGAUGGGGGUGUACAUAGUGGCCCUGAUAGCGGGAAUUAGUGCAGCAGUGACUGUUGGGCUGUUGGCGCUAGGAGUGACUUGGUUCCACAAUCGCCACAAGGCGGCUGCGGAUGUAGAAUACCCUGCGUACGGAGUUACCGGACCCAACAAAGAUGUUUCACCGUCCGGCGACAGGAAGUUAGCCCAGAGCGCCCAAAUGUACCACUACCAGCAUCAGAAGCAACAAAUCAUCGCUAUGGAAAACCAGGCCACGGAUGGCAGCUGCGGCAUGUCGGACGUGGAGAGUGACGACGACAACGAGGAGGGCGACUACACUGUUUAUGAGUGUCCCGGCCUGGCGCCCACUGGCGAGAUGGAGGUAAAGAAUCCGCUCUUCCUGGACGAAACGCCGGCGACGCCCGCAAACAAUCUAUCGUCCCAAUCCGGUGGAGCAACCAAUGCAUCAGCCGGAAACAACAAUAACAUCACACAGGCCACUCCCCAGCAGCCGGCCACUCAGAAGAAGGGAACGGUUAAGCCGAAUAUGAAUCUCCUGAACGCCGCCGCAACCGCAGCAGCAGCCGCAGCCGCAUCGGCAUCCGGAACGCCCGGGGGCGAGGAACCCAAGCAGAAGCGCAAGAGCAAGAAGUAAGACGAUUGGACCUUGUUUUCCCUCUUGGGGCAAUUGGUAAAGUUUGACUGAUCCAUUGUCAGCCAACAGACACAUCCUCUCACACAGAUUCAGAAACAGAUCAGACUAGGUGCAGAGGCACGUAUAUAAACUCCUUACAGAUAGUCCGGGGAAUUAAAUUCCACGAGCCGAGCAAAUCACACACGACACUCAGUCCACUGACUCUAUUCUUCCCUAUAUGCAUAAGUCCUGUAAUGUAAUGUUAUCGCAUCGCUAUGCAGUAAGAAUAGCUUCCAGCACGCCUGAGUCACUGAACCGCGAAUCCCCCGUGAGCCCGCGCACCCAUCCCCAUCCACCCACUUUCCACCCGCUGUCAGUUGCACAACGCUGCUGAUUCUAUUACGAUCCGGCAUGUGUAAUUCUAUUUGUGUGGCAGCCUCAAGUUAUUGUAUAUGUAUAUCAAACUUUUUUGGUCUGCGAUUCGUUGGAAUACUUUAAGGUCUGGAGCAAAGAGCUGAGGAAGAGGGACAACCAACCAAAGCAAACUAACAUAUUAUAUUAUUAUAAAUAUAUGUAUACACACACAUGCAUAUUUAUAUUAUAGAUAUAUAUUCAUGUAAUUAUUGUAAUAUAUACACGGAGGCGGACACCUUUUUACUUACCCGUCUGUGUGGUGUACUAUCUUUUCUCAUUUUUACUACGCUUUGUGAUCGAUCCUAAAUUAUCUGUGUCAAUUUAGAAAUACAAUUCUGGUAACCAACCUGUAAUGCAUGCAAACAUAUUUAGAGGAGCGAGGAGAGGAGAUUAGAAGGAGAGGAUUAUUUACAAGUAAAACUUAACAAUAAUUUCCCUGCACAUUCAUGUAAAGUAAAUGAAAAACGACUGAUAACACACAAAGAUAACACGCGUCUAUUGUACAAAAAAAAGUAAAACGAAACGAAAAGAAAGAAACAAUUUAUUUACUGAUUAGUAAGAUUAGCAAAGGAAACUAUCAGCGGAAACGACUCCCAGCCCCAAGACAACUAUAGGAAACUGUAGCAAACAUUUUACUAUAUUAUAUUCUCAAUUGCUGUAAAUAAACAUGAAACAUUGGGAAGAGGAUGAGAGUUAGGAACCAUUGCGGCCGAAACAAUACACUGAAUACAACAGAAUUGAAGAACUCGCGAGUUCAAAAACUAGCUAAACCAAACAGAACACGAAUUAUAUUUCUAUUGACUAGUCGAAAAUGCAAAGCAUCUCGGAGCAUUAAAAAUUGAAUUUGAAUUCCAAAUCGAAACUGACUUAGCCACAAUAAAAUGCGCUUAGCAUAUGAACGUUGAGCGUAAUGUUGAGUUUGAAAUAUAUAUUUUAUGGUGUUUGGCCUCAGACACGCGAAAUAGUCCGAACUCAAAACAAGUACUCGAAAGGCUACAAAACGAGCGAGGAGCAGAGAACCCACAUGUAUUGUGAAUAAAAAGCAUAAUUUAAUUUAUUCAUGUAUGAUAACCGUAACAACACAAAUUAUACAAUAUGCAUACAGAAUAAACUAAACUAACCGGAA